AUGAUCUCUCAGGCUUUUAUCUUGGCUGCUUUGGCAGUGGCUGCUUUUGCCAGUUUCCAUCAUGAACCUAUCCACCAUCCCCAACCUUUCAAAUUCGGCUACAGCGUGAAGGACAAACAUGGUGAACAGCAUCGUGAAGAAGUUGGUGAUGGCAAGAACGUGAAGGGAAGCUACGGAUUCACCGAUGCCAGGGGAAUCCACCGACAGGUCAACUACGUAGCUGACCAUGGAGGUUUCAGAGCUGAGGUCAAGACCAACGAACCCGGAACCGCCAACCAGAAUCCUGCAGCCGUCCACAUAAUCUCCGACGCUCCCUACGGACAUGGAGGAUAUGCCGGUGAUGCCGGACUCGGAUAUGCCGGAGUUGGAGGAUACGGAUAUGGCGGUCUUGGAGCUGCCAAUCUGGGAUAUGGAUAUGGCGGUCUGGGAUACGGAUAUGGUGGUCUCGGAGGAUAUGGAGGUCUCGGCUAUGGAGGAUAUGGCCUCGGCAACGGACUCCUCGGUGGCUUGGGAUAUGCACGAUAUGGGUUUUAA